AGCCCAGAUUCUUGUCACCCCAUCGACCAGAAAUCUACCACCAAAUCCCCCUCGUGGGCAAAGGAUCUGAUCAGAAGGAGCGAUCUAAGAAUAGCCCCCCGAGGCUUUCAGACGCUACAAGGAUCUACUCGGAGCACUCGUGCUCCAGAUUCAUGAACGGCGAGCUGCCAAAAUUAGACCGUUCGAGGCUUGAUCAAAUACGAAUCCGAUCAAAUCCUCAUUCUGUAGGUGCCUGCAUCCCCAGCUGACAAGGCAGGCUCGAAUCGUUGCAGAGGCAGCCCAGUCCAGUCCAAUCCAGUCGAGUCCAGUCCAGCUGUGCCCUCGUAAGCCAAAUCCUCUCCUCCUCCGCUCGAUUUCUCAUUUCUCACGGAUCACUCCCCCGAGGAGAAGAAUCGCGGACCCGUCGUCACACAUUAGCCUCGUGUGCUGAGCAUGUCAAGGCAGCUUUGUGUGCCAAUUAUUGCCUCCCCCGUCGAGCCAGGGUCGAAAGUACAAGCCCAGUGGUACGAAACGACGAAGGACUGCGGGCCGGAACGGAAGCGGAGGGAAGUGCGUGCCAAGUGGUUGCGAGCUAGAGCGGCGGAAGAUUCAGGUGAGCAACCAGUAGGACGAUGCGAUGGUGGGGUCUCGAGCUUGUCAGAGGCUCGGUGCCAGCGAGCCACGGAGCUCGUCUCAGAGAGACAACCGUCGGCCCUGCUCUCAGAGGCCCCGGCGUCACUGCACUGGCACUCUCGAUUGUAUGGCUGCCGUAGCUCCAUAUCACGCGGCUCGACUCUGCCAGAUCCUCAAACGUUCGGUGACGAACAUUCUCGCCUCGCUCGCCGAGACGGCGACAGCUUCUCUCGCGUCUAUAUUAGUCUUUGUCAGUUCAUGUAUUCAACCGACUCCGUUCGUUUUCUGCAUCGGUCUCACCUUUUGCGCGGCUUUUUCGUCUCAGGCCCCACGCAUUCUGCAGCUCGUUGUGUGUUCCAACUGGCGGCUCAGCUGCGCCCGCAUUCAUGAAUCUCCCUCGCGAAUGACCUGAAAAUCUCCCUCACUCGAAGUUCCUCUGUGCAGCUGGAGCUCAAAUUGCAGAUUGCUCAAAUUGCUCGAAGAGGGCUCUGAACUCUUCAACCGCGGAGAUUUCGGUAUUGGUCUCGGACCUGCGUCGAGUUUGGAGCUGAAGAGCUCUUGGUGUUAGACUGGUCGCAUUUUGGUGGACAUGGAGUCGGUGGUAGUCUUUCGGGGCAAUCUCGUCUCCUGCUGGGAGAAAGGUUGCCCCACUGCCGCCACGAGCGUCAGCAGCAGCAGCAGCAGCAGGGUGGCGUUCAAUGCUCUUCCCGCAGCAUCCGCGAAGCCGAGGAAGCUGGGGAUUCAGUGCAAGGUGCAGAAGUUCAGCACGCAGAGAACGUCAGCUCAGGCGACCGAUGUGCAGCAGACAGGCCACGGCGUGGAAAUGGAAGCAGAGAGCUCUGGUUCCAAGUCGACUUGGGAGAGUCACACGCAGGUGUACGAGUACACGAGUGCUGCCAACCCUGUUCUGAAGGCCAUUCCCAUUUUGGGCCUUCACCCUUGCGAUCAUAGGUCGGGCCCGUCGAGGAUCAGCACUCUGGACUUGAGCGAGCAGAUGGAAAUCGAUGGAUACGCUGCAUCUUCUCCCAAUCUCCUCGCUUCCUUUCUGCGAGUUUGCACUGGCGAGUCUCUGACCACCAGUGCCACUGCGACGUCUCAGGCAUUUUAUGUAAUCCACGGGGAGGGAAAGACCCGCACCGGCUUCGGGGACAUCGAGUGGAAAACUGGCGAUCUCUUCGUGAUUCCAGGAACAGAAGCUGAAACGGAGUGCACCCAUUUCUGCUUCAAUGAUGACAAAGAGAACACUGGCGGAGCUGGCCUGUACUGGGUUCAUGAUUCGCCACUCUUGGCAUACCUCGGUGUCGUGCCGAAGUCUAAGCAGUUUGAGCCCACCUUUUACAGCUGGGAGUACUUGAUGGCCAACAUGGAGAAGGUCAGGCUCGAAGAAGGAGCACAUGAACGCAACCGGAUGGGCAUUCUUCUCGGGAACACCGCUACACCGCAGACGAAGACUCUUUCCCACACUCUCUGGUCCCUUCUGAACGUGUUGCCUGCAGGUCAAAUGCAAAAACCUCACAGGCACUCUUCAACGGCUUUGGAUCUGGCAAUACAUGCAGCGCCGGGCACAUAUACCUUAAUGGGUGAAACCCUCGACAUGAACGGAAAGAUCAUUGAUCCCAUUCGGGUGGACUGGGAAACCGGAGCGAUGUUCGUCACUCCCCCCAGAUGGUGGCACAGUCACCACAACGAUUCCAACGAGGAAGCGUGGGUCUUGCCUAUGCAGGACGCCGGUCUGUACACUUAUCAGAGAACACUUGACAUUCGUUUUUCCGAUAACGAAGUCCAGCUGAUGAAGAAAAAUAUUCUUAGAUAAACAUGGCCUCAGAUAAGACGUUGCUCUCGUUCUGCAGUAUAGGGACUUCAAUUUAGUUACAUUUGGUAGCAAUCAUGAAAAUCAUUAUCGAGUAGUCGUUCACAAGGUGUAGUCACUGGGAUUACGGAUGCGGUGUACAUACAAUUUUUGCAUCUCAAAAUAGAGAUAAUAUUUGAAGGAAGGUUGGACAGGAGAGGUUCUUGGACUUGUGAUAGCUUUCGAUCACCGAGUAGACAACGGACGUGGAUGAAGAAUUUUAUUUGUAGAUCAGGCAAACCCUUUUCGGUGACGCUGCGUGGUGUGGCAAGUGAUGAAGAUAGUUUCACUUUGAGCCUAUCUGUUCCUAUCACUAUGACUCUGAUUCUUCUGAUAUUCGUGAUAAACGGAAUCAAGAAUCUGUCCAACUUUGUAAGAAUAUUCCAUUCAACACAAAAAACAAUCUUUCG